AAACGGGCCGAAAAACAUAGAGUAAAAUGGGUGCACAGAAGCCAGAAGCCCAAAUAGCCUCAUACCCACUGAAAUACAAGAGAGAGAGAGAGAGAGAGAGAGAGGUAAGUGAGAAGAUGGAGAAGAUGCGGUGCCAGAGGAUCGGCUGCAACGCAGUUUUCACCGAGGAUGAAAAUCCAGAAGGUUCCUGCACUUAUCACGAUGCGGGUGUAAGUCAAAUAUACCCAGCUCUUUUAUAUAAUACUCCGUAUUUGAGGAUAUCUUGCUUCCAUGGUCACCCUUUUCUACCAUCUCACAGCCUAUGUUCCAUGACGGGAUGAAAGAGUGGAGUUGUUGCAAGAAAAGAAGUCAUGAUUUCAGCUUGUUUCUAGAAAUUCCUGGGUGCAAGACAGGGAAACACACAACAGAAAAACCAGUUUUAACAAAGCCAGCUGCUGCUCUGGGCCGACCGGUUCCCGCUUCAACUCCCAUUGCAAGUGCAUCUCCCAGAGAAACGUGUCCUAGGUGUUGCCAGGGUUUCUUCUGUUCAGAUCACGGCUCUCAACUAAGACAGGUGAAUCCAAAGCCUUCAAAUACAGCAGCAUUCACCAACUCUAAUGAAAGUGUUCAAGAUUUACAAGAGUGCCAUCAUCCCCCACCAAAGAAAAAAAUUGACAUAAAUGAGCCUCAAAUUUGUAAGAAUAAGGGAUGCGGCGAGACCUUUACGGAGAAGGAAAACCACGAUAGUGCUUGCAAUUACCACCCCGGCCCAGCUGUGUUCCACGAUCGAAUGAGAGGGUGGAAAUGCUGUGAUAUUCAUGAGAAGGAAUUUGAUGACUUCAUGUCCAUUCCGCCUUGCACGAAGGGAUGGCACAAUGCUGAUCCAACGACAUGACUGGAAAGAAAUGUGGAUGAAAUGAAAAAUUCUUUGAUCUACCAACGUCAUUUUUUCUCUGUUUGUGACAAAAUUGUGUACCAUUUUAGGAGAUCUUUUGGUCAAAUGUUCUUGGGACUUUUACAUAUCCUUAAACUAAUUUGGUCAAUUUCCUAGGUUGCAGCAUCAUUUCUUCCUUACAUUGUGUUUGGUUCGAGGAAUUUGAUAGGGAAAAAAAUGAAGACAAUGAUAAGGA